CAAUCCAAUCCAUAGCUGAUCCGUACUCUUCGCGCCAAAAAGUAUCGACGUUUGUCAAACUUCGCUGCUCGCGCACCGUCCUCGAAACCAUACCGCAUUACGACUCACACGUCCUCACAAGAUGGGUCUCCUCGCCGACUGCGAAGAGCUGUUCGGCACCUCCGACCUGUACAAGCUUCUCGGCGUGCCCAAAGAUGCGUCCGAAGCCGCCGUCAAGAAGGCGUACAGACGCCUGUCGCUGCUCGUCCACCCUGACCGUGCCGACGAUGCUCAGAAAGAGGCGGCCACGCGAAAGUUCCAGGUCCUCUCCAAGGCGCACCUGAUACUGGGAGACAGUGACAAGAGAGCCGCCUACGACGACACCGGUUGCGUCGACGAGGACGACGACCUGGCCGGCGACCGCGACUGGACCUCCUACUGGCGCGUCUUGUUCCCCAAGAUCAACCUCGCCGACGUAGAAGAGUACCUCGCCAAAUACCGGGGCUCCAGUGAAGAGGUGGCUGACCUCAAGAACUGCUACGAGCGCUUCGAGGGCGACUUCAACGCCAUCAGCGAAUACCUCAUCGGCUUCGAAAUCGACGACGAGGACCGCUACCGCAACAUUUUGAAUAAGCUCAUCGAGGACGGCGAAGUGAAGGCGUACCCCAAAUUCACCGAGGAGACCAAGAGGUCGCGUAACGCGCGAAAGAAGCGGUACGUGAAGGAAGCCGAAGAGGCCGAAAUCAGGAAGAUGGAGCUGGGUUUGGAUGGCAGCCAGGAAUCGCUGGCAAAUGCCAUUGCCAAAAGACAGCGAUCGAGGGAGGCUGACUUUGGAGACCUGAUUCGCAAACCUCGAAGCCAAGUACUGUAAGCCAAAGAAGAAGAAGGCAUCAAAGUGAUGAGUUCUUGCUGUUGUGUUGAGACUCGCAACAGAUGCACAAAGCAUGUGCACGGACAGACUUCCUAACUCUCUCAGUGUUAACCUUGUUUGUGAGCGUGGCCAGUCCAUGCUUGGACUGAAGUUUGCUGGUUGAGUAGUACCUAUUGUUUUAAAAGACAUAUAUUCGUGAUGUGUUAGCGAGACCCAGUGUUCUGAGCUGUGACCAUGGACCGCAUAUAAAUUCAUGCAUACUUUUACGUAUCUGUGGUUGUCUUUUCGUGUGUUGGUUGCUCAAAACGUGCAAAGAAGCAAUGCACAAGUUAGAUUAUUUUGGUGCUCUUCUGAAGUGCCAUGUGCAAGAAAUAAAAACUGUUUGGCACCCUUU